UUCAUCUAGUCAGGUUCUUUGGUUGUUUCGGAAUACGCCAGCAUGGGUCGUGUUAGGACAAAAACAGUUAAGAAAGCUUCAAGAGCUAUAAUUGAGAAGUAUUAUACUCGUCUCACAUUAGAUUUUCACACCAACAAAAGAAUAUGUGAAGAAAUUGCUAUUAUUCCUACCAAGCCUCUUAGAAACAAGAUAGCUGGGUUCGUCACACAUUUAAUGAAACGUCUGAGACAUUCCCAGGUGAGAGGUAUUUCCAUCAAGUUGCAGGAAGAAGAAAGAGAGAGGAGGGACAACUAUGUGCCUGAUGUUUCUGCUUUGGAACAAGAUGUCAUUGAAGUUGAUCCUGAAUCUCAUGGAAUGUUGAAGAUGUUGGAGUUCAGCAACAUAUCUGGUCUCCAGCUUGUUCAUCCUACAAACCAGAAUUAUGGGCGUCGUCCAUAAAUUUUAAUUAUAUUUUAAGCAAUGUUUUAUCAAUAAAAAUGAUUUAUAUAAACUUG